AUGAAUAUGCCUUCUGGGCCAAACACCUCAAUCUCCCCCUAUCACAAAAAUGAACGAAUUUGCCAUAUGUCUGACUAUGAUGAUGACGGGGAAACUCAUGCUGGCCAACGACUUUUGCACCUUCUUUUAAUUUCUCGAGUCGAAAAUGUUGCUGUUAUCGUCUCUAGAUGGUACGGUGGUAUUCAACUCGGUCCUGACCGUUUCAAGCAUAUUAACAAUGCUGCCAAACUUCUUCUUGUACAGCAAGGCUUUAUUACAUCAGAUAAUGCCGCGAGACCUGCUCUUCAAGAGGAAUGUAUUGUUGGGGAUCUCUGA